AGCAGGAUGUUUGUACAAAAAAAUGAAUUAGAUGCGUCCUGGCAACAAACGUUUUCUUAUGUAUAGGGCUUAUGUGAUUGCGUUUAAGCAUCGCAACGACUAGAAAGCAGCGCCUAUUUAAUGCCUGUAGUGGAGUGAUAAGCGUUUCUUGCUGUGAACGGUGCGGAUUAGCUUCUGCCCCAUUCACCGGCAGCAUGAGUUACGGGAAUGGUAACAGACGCGGGCGAAGAGGAGGAGGCGGAGGUGGAGGCAGACGGUUCGGCGAUGGGUCCAGGUGGGAUGCUGAGGCUGGAUCCAGCGGAGGAGGAUACCAAAGAAACUCUGAAUGGGACUCAAAGGAAGAUCGGGGACAUGGAGGGGGACGAAGAGGAGGAGGCGGGCAAGGCAAACACCCUCCCCAUCUAAAGGGUCGAGAUAUAGGGCUGUGGUAUGCCAAAUUUGGAGGCAUUGGAAGAUCCGAGGCAGAGAGAAACUCUAGGGCUGUCGUUCAGAUGGAUGCAUCACGUGAGCAGCACAUCACUAGGUUAUUGAACUCUGUCCAGAGAGAUCCACACAGCGACUCCCUACCCUCCUCAUCCAGAAACCGGAGUGUGAAGGAGGAGCCCGGCAGCCACAGUUACUUUGAUGGAGAUCCUCCAGAAUCUCAGAAUAAUCAGAGACUGCCAAAAACUGAGCUCAAGGAGGAGAAGCAGAAUGAGUUGGAGACGAGUGUGAAAACUGGACUCAACUGUGAAAAGGAUCUGCAGUACUUAUGCCAUUAUGUUCAGCGUCAACCCUCCCUGGACGAGGAGCUCAAGAAAGAUCUGCAGAAGAAAAUUGAUAACCAAAGAUACCUCGAUAUGCUGAAAUUCAGAGAACAGCUGCCAUCGUAUGCAAUGAAAGAGGAGCUGGUAAGGCUGAUUACUGAAAAUCAGGUACUGGUGAUCAGUGGAGAGACUGGCUGUGGGAAGACCACCCAGGUCACUCAGUUUAUCUUGGAUGACUAUAUUCAGAGGGGCAUGGGCUCUCUGUGCAGGGUUGUCUGCACGCAGCCACGUCGAAUCAGUGCCAUAUCAGUAGCAGAGAGAGUAGCUGCAGAGCGUGCAGAAUCGGUAGGAGAUGAGAAGUCUUGUGGGUAUCAGAUUCGUCUGCAGAGCCGGUUGCCACGGAAACAAGGCUCCGUGUUGUAUUGUACGACGGGCAUUAUUCUUCAAUGGCUCCGCUCGGAUCCGUAUCUCUCCAGUAUAAGUCAUCUGGUCCUGGAUGAGGUUCACGAGAGGAGUCUUCAGUCAGAUGUUCUUCUCAAUAUCGUGAAAGACCUGUUACGUACUCGGGAAGACCUCAAAAUAGUCCUCAUGAGUGCCACGCUCAAUGCUGAAAAAUUCAGCAGAUAUUUCGAUAACUGUCCCAUGGUUCAUAUUCCUGGAUACACAUACCCAGUGGAAGAGUUGUUACUGGAGGAUGUGGUGGAAAUGUUAAGAUUCAAGCCACUGCACCGACGGGAGCACAGACCUCGACCCAGAAGAGGAUUUAUGCACGGCCAGAAUGUACGGCAGGAGAAAGAGCAGAAAGAUGCUGAAUACCGCGAGAGCUGGCCCUGCUACACCCGCACGCUCAGAGAGCGGUAUUCAGACAGCACCAUCGACGCAUUGGAGAUGAUGGAUGAUGAUGACAAGAUCAAUCUGGAGCUUAUCGUGGCAUUGAUCCGGCAUAUCGUGAGGAACGAGGAUAAUGGAGCAAUUCUAGUAUUCUUGCCUGGCUGGGACAACAUCAGCACCCUGAAUGAUCUGCUUAUGGCUGACCAGAUGUUUAAAUCAGACAGAUUUAAAAUAAUCCCCCUUCACUCUUUGAUGCCCACGGUGUCUCAGACUCAGGUGUUCAAAAAGCCGCCUCCAGGAGUUCGCAAGAUUGUGAUCGCGACCAACAUCGCAGAAACCAGCAUCACGAUAGAUGAUGUCGUGUACGUGAUCGACGGAGGGAAGAUUAAAGAAACUCAUUUUGACACGCAGAACAACAUCAGCACCAUGACUGCAGAGUGGGUGAGCUUAGCCAACGCCAAACAGAGGAAGGGCCGCGCUGGCAGGGUGGCUCCUGGGAAAUGCUACCACCUGUAUAAUGGAUUGAGGGCCAGCCUCCUCGAUAACUACCAGCUACCGGAGAUCCAGCGCACUCCAUUGGAAGAGCUUUGCUUGCAAAUAAAGAUCUUAAAGUUGGGCCCCAUUGCGGUUUUCUUGCAGAGAUGUGUGGACCCUCCCUCAGAGAGAGCCAUAGAGCUGGCUAUCACACACCUGAUAGACCUGAAUGCUCUGCACCGCAAUGAAGAGUUGACCCCGUUGGGAUUUCAUCUCGCCCGUUUGCCGGUGGAGCCUCACAUUGGAAAAAUGAUUCUGUUUGGGGCUCUUCUAGGAUGUUUGGACCCCGUGCUUACCAUCGCAACCAGCCUAAGCUUUAAAGACCCCUUCUUCAUACCGCUGGGGAAGGAGAAGAUUGCAGACCACAGGAGAAAAACCCUCUCUAGGAACUCCAAGAGUGAUCAUAUUACUGUUGUCAAUGCUUUUUGGGGCUGGGAGGAUGCUAAGGAACAGGGCGGCAGGUCUGAACGUGAAUACUGCUGGGACAACUUCCUGUCUGCCAACACACUACAGAUGCUUCAGAACAUGAAAGGUCAGUUUGCGGCGCAUCUUUUGGCGGCUGGGUUUGUGAAUUGCAAGGACCCUAAAGAUCCCAGCUCAAACAUAAACUCAGAGAACGAGAAGCUGAUAAAGGCGGUGAUCGUGGCAGGCCUGUACCCUAAAGUAGCCAAGAUUCGCCCCAGCAACAAUAGCAAGAGACUCAUGCCUCCAAAAGUGUCCACAAAAGCUGAUGGGAAAGUUUGCAUCCAUCCUAAGUCUGUUAAUGCCGAAGAAACUCAGUUCAACUACACAUGGCUCAUCUAUCACCUAAAGAUGAGAACCACAAGUAUCUUCUUGUAUGACUGUACGGAGGUGUCACCAUUUUCACUGCUGUUCUUUGGCGGAGAUAUAAGCAUACAGAAGGACAAAGACCAAGAGACCAUCGCUGUUGACGAGUGGAUCGUCUUCCAGUCUCCGGCACGCAUCGCUCACCUUGUUAAAGACCUGAGGAAGGAGCUGGAUGUGUUACUGGAGGAUAAAAUAAAGAAACCCCAACCUGUGGACUGGAAUGACGGGCAAUCGAAAGACUGUGCUGUCAUUUCGGCCAUCAUUGAUCUUAUAACCACACAGGAAAGUCCAGCUGGAGGAUCUAGGAGGGGCAGCUAUUGACCACCAACUUUCACGAUUAGCUUAUUUAUUGGAAUGAUACUUAGCUAUUGACAUAAGAGCGAGGAGUCUGCAGUUACACUUUUUUUCAUAAAUCCUUGUACAUGUUGGAAGAAAUGCCACAGAAACUAUUAAAAACAAGACGAUUAUUGCUGGUAAUGUAAGUAAUGUUUUAUUUUAAUAUUGACCGUCAUUUUGUUUAUACACAUUUAAGUGGUUGGCUUUGUCUUUACAGUUAUUCAUUAAACUGACCAUAAUAAAAGCCUUUUUCAAUGGA